CGGGCGCGGGGCGGGCCGGGCCGGGGCGGCGGCGGCCAUGCAGGCGGCGACCCAAGCCCCGAAGCAGGCCGUGCAGGCGGCGGCGCAGGAGCUGGUGAGGUUCGUGAACCGCAGCCCCUCGCCCUACCAUGCGGUGGCCGAGUGCCGCAGCCGGCUGCUGCAGGCUGGCUUCCAGGAGCUGAAGGAGACGGAGCACUGGGACAUCCGCCCCGCCAGCAAGGUGGGCUGGGGGCUCGGGCGGCCCCUUCCCCGCCGGGGGAGCCGUGGCGGCGAGGUGGGGACCCUCACCGCGCGCCUCUGCCCGCAGUACUUCGUCACCAGGAACCACUCGACGCUCAUCGCCUUCGCCGUCGGAGGACGGUUCCAGCCGGGGAACGGCUUCAGCCUGCUCGGGGCGCACACCGACAGCCCCUGCCUCAGGGUGAAGCGGCGCUCCAAGCGGGGCCAGGUGGGCACGGUGCAGGUGGGAGUGGAGACCUACGGAGGGGGCAUCUGGAACACCUGGUUCGACCGCGACCUCACGGUGGCAGGGAGGGUGAUCGUAAAGGAGCCGAGCACGGGGCGCCUGGAGCAGCGCCUGGUGCACGUGGAGCGGCCCGUCCUGCGCAUCCCCCACCUGGCCAUCCAUCUGCAGCGCAGCGUCAAUGAGAGCUUCGGGCCCAACACCGAGCACCACCUGGUCCCCAUUCUGGCCACUGCUGUGCAGGAGGAGCUGGAAAAGGAGGUGCUCAUGGAGGGCACACCGUGCAACGCUGCCGCCCAGACAGAGCGGCACAGCCCCGUGCUGCUUUCCCUGCUCUGCACCCAGCUGGGGGUGAAACCGGAGCAGAUCGUGGAGCUGGAGCUGUGCCUGGCGGAUACGCAGCCGGCGACUCUCGGUGGUGCCUUUGACGAGUUCAUCUUCUCCCCGCGCCUGGACAACCUGCACAGCUGCUACUGUGCCCUGCAGGCCUUGAUCGACUCGUGCUCAGCACCCUCCUCCCUCUCCCAGGAGCCCAACGUGCGUCUCAUUGCGCUCUACGACAAUGAAGAGGUGGGGUCGGAGAGCGCGCAGGGCGCGGAGUCCCUGCUGACGGAGCUGGUGCUGCGCCGGAUCUCGGCGUCGCCACAAAACCUCACGGCCUUUGAGGAGGCUGUGGCCAAGUCCUACAUGAUCAGCGCUGACAUGGCCCACGCCGUGCACCCCAACUAUGUAGACAAGCACGAGGAGAACCAUCGGCCAGCCUUCCACAAGGGCCCCGUCAUCAAAGUGAACAGCAACCAGCGCUACGCCUCCACGGCUGUCACCGAGGCGGUCAUCCGGGACAUCGCCGCCCGCGUGGGCGUCCCCCUGCAGGAGUUCAUGGUGCGCAACGACACGCCCUGCGGCACCACCAUCGGCCCCAUCCUGGCGUCCCGCCUGGGGCUGCGCGUGCUGGACAUGGGCUGCCCGCAGCUGGCCAUGCACUCCAUCCGCGAGAUGUGCUGCACCUCGGGGGUGCUGCAGAGCAUCACCCUCUUCAAGGCCUUCUUCGAGCUCCUGCCAGCUGUCAGCGGCAGCCUGCUGGUGGACUGAGGGCGGCGAGGGGGCUUCCCGGGGGGGGCUCAGCCCCGAUUAAAGCUCCUCUUGUCUCA